AUGAGUAACAAUUUCGAGGUACUUCAGAACGACCUGCGAAAUGCUACAGUAAAAGAGAUCACAGAUUGUAUGAAGGCGGUGAAUAACACACUGAGCACCCAUUCUCGAAUGGUGGUCUCUGGCAGGAAAGAGGAAAUCAUCUUGCGUUUUACCAACUUCAUUGUUGGCCUCAUCAGCAACAACAAACGAUCAAGCAUUGCCACAGUAGUUCGUAUCGUCAAUGAUACAGCACCGAGAAAAUUAGCAUGGAAGUACGAAGAUGAUGAGAUCACUGUCAACUGCUUUAGACCUCGAGUUGGACGUGAUAGACCUGCACAAGCCAUUGAGCAACUUGACUUUAAGCGAAGUCCAUUUCUCAACCCAAUAGCUCGACUGGCUAGUAUCAAAGUAUGCCCUGCUGCUGCAAACAAUUAUCGUCAGUCCAGAUUGUUCCAAUUCACGUUAACAGAUGAGCAUCGACAACUUCUAGCUACCUCAAAUGCUGUUGACGAUCGGCCACCAUAUCAAAUUAGAUUUUAUUGUUCACAAUACAAUGGCAACACAUCGAAUUUACUUGUUGAACUCCCCAGCGUGUGUGAACUCAAAGUAAACGACACUGUGAUUCAAGGAAGCAUUUUGCGUUGUUUAAAAGGAAAACCUGGCACUGUCAAUCCUCCAGAUCUCACCAUCAUGACACGAAAACAUGCACUCAACAAUGUCGAGUUAAUCUACAUCAACAGCGAAGUUCCGUUCAUUGCUAGUGUCUAUUUAGUGGAGAGAACACCUGUAGCAAAGCUGAUCCAGAUUAUGAGGGAGGAAAGAUUGGUGACCAAAGAGCAAGUCCGGGAGAAAUUACAACAAAUACAGGAAGAGGACGAGAUCAUCAUGGAAUCUGAAACCCUCUCAACGAAAGAUCCCCUUGCAUUCACCCGUAUUAAUACACCCAUUAGAUCCAAUGCUUGCAAACAUCUUCAAUGCUUUGACGCCAACGUAUUUCUAACAAUGAACGAGCAAACGCCAACUUGGUCUUGUCCAGUGUGUUACCGACGGAUCGAAAAUUGGGAGGAUUUAUUUGUGGACGAAUACUUCAUGGAAAUGCUACAUAGUACUCCCAAACAUAUCGAUAGCGUGCUUGUAGGAUCCAAUGGCAUUAUCACAAUUAUAGACGAAGAUCCAAAUAAAGCAGACGAAGAAUCUGAGGAAGAAGAGGAACUCAAUGUUAAAUCCGAAGAAAAAGAGAUUACAACGAUCCUAUUAGACGAUGAUGACGAAGAAGAGGAUGAGGUGGGCAAACCCACAGACGCACAAGUAGAAGCAGAAGCAGAAGCAGACAAACAACAAGAAGCAGCCAUAUCUAAUGAUACUAUACCCAACAUUGCGAGUACACCUGAAACAUCGACUGUCAACCCUGAUGCCAAUGCUUCAACGUCUCGUGAAAGAAUUGCAGUGUCUGAAGGCUCUGAGGCUGAGCAACCACCAAGAAAGAAGGCAAAGUCAGACGUAAUCGACUUGACAUUAGAUAGUGGAGACGAGGAAGAUGGAGUGGAGAUUACUAGUGCUCAUUGA